UACUAUGUUUAUUGUGUGCUGUGUGUCCAAACUUUUUGUAAAUCCAAUUUUUAUGUAAAUUAUAAGAGAAAAAAAUGUCGUCGGCUUUAACAAAGAUCAAUGCUAAGGAACGCUGUCGCACAUGCCUAAGCAAAUUAAUCAAAAACGAAGUAAAUCUGGAGGAUGUCGACUCGGGAAAAAAUUUCGUUUGUGUUAAUUCCAAUCCUGAAUUGAGGGAUCUUUUGGACAAAUAUGUGGGUAUUGAAGGUGAUGAGGAGACAAAUCAGGAUAAAGACUACCCAGCCAGUGUGUGCAUCAGUUGUAUGAGACAAUUGCAACAUUUUGAGGCAUUCCGCAAUAAAGCCCUAGAUAGUGCUGAAAAGCUGUUCCGAGUUUUUCGUGGUACCGACGAAUGUAAAAUCGAAUUGGAUGAUAAUGGAGUAUCCAUGCCUUGUAAGGCCUUACAAGUACAAUUGAAGACGGGAAAAGAAGCCGAAAAUGAUAUAUUCAAUUUGCUGCUUAAAGAUUCCUUAAUGGAAACUGAAGCCAUUUUAUUGGACGGAGUCGAAAGCGACAAUGUUAUUAACAAUAUGGAUCCCGAUCCGUUUCAAACUGAAAUUGAUGGAAAUAAACGUAAAUGUAGGAAGACAAAACGAAAAGAGGAUUCAUCUUUGCCAGAAAAUCAUAACAAAUCUAACAGAAAAAGAAAACGCAUAAAAGCAAGCGAAAAAAGUGGGCAUGAUAACAAAGAUGAUGUGGCAGACAGGGAAAAAGAUCACUUUCAAGCGAAUUUGUUGGAAAAUUCGGAUAAAGACAAUGAAAUCGCCUGUGAAGUUAAGGUAAAAGAACUUGAUGAAGACUAUGAAGACUGGCAACAUAUGGAUUUCCAUACGAACGAUGACAAUGAUAGCUCUGACAAUGAAGUAUUAAGCAAGAAGAUACAAAAUUCCCGCAAAGUUCUAAAGAAAACUAUGAAAAAAGCCCCAAAAAGCGAACCUGGGGAGGAAUAUGAGGAGGAAAAUGCUGAUUCCGAUUCAGACUUUGUACUAGAAUCCAUGAGAAAAAGUGGAGAAAUAAAAAAAUCUCCCAAUGAUACAGAUGAUAUGCACGAAAGUGAAUUCAAAGAUUUGGAUGAUUAUAAAACUGAAUUGGAAUCCGAUAGUAUAUCAUCAGAAUCCGAUUUUGAAGUAAAAACUGAGAAAAAACAAAAGUCUUCCUUUUCGCCUGGCAAACGAUCGGCGGCCAGUGGACGUAAAAAAGGUCUUACCAAUAGCCAUAAAUGUGAUCAAUGCAACCGUAGAUUCGCCCACAAAGUAACACUCGAUGCUCAUGUUCGGAAAAUACAUCAAGGAGAGAAAAGAGCUUACAAAUGCGAGCUAUGUGACAAGUCGUAUUCGUUUAUGGGAGGCUUAUCGACUCACAUGCGGGAAACCCAUGAGCGCCAAGAAGAGGCGUAUAGCUGUAAAAUACCCGGUUGCGAUAAGAAAUACACCAGUUACAUCACAUUACAGCGUCAUGUUCGUGUUAAGCAUCUUAUGAGUGAGGUACCCACCAGAUUUGUGUGUGAACAAUGUGGAGCUACAUUCAAACAAACGUCAAAUUUGCGAUAUCACAUGAGAACUCGUCAUCCCACUGAAGAUGAUUUGAAGCAAAAAGAAAUUAUAAAGGAACGUUUAGAAUGUGAAAUCUGUAAAAAGUCCUUUAACUCGCAAUAUACACUAAAAUAUCAUAAACUUCGCAUACAUGCCGACGAUAAAAAGUAUGAGUGCAAAAUUUGUGGCAGACGCGUUGCCAAGAAGUUCAUGUUGGAUCAACAUAUGCUGGUACAUUCCGAAGACAAGACCGCGUGCAAAUUUUGCGGACGAGAAUUUGUGCGCAAGUAUCAAGUAGAGGCGCACAUUAAGGCCGUCCACCAAAAGUUAAAACCAUUUCAAUGUUCACACUGCAGCGAAAGUUUUGCAUCGAGAAAAACUUUGCGUCACCAUGUUUACAUACAUACUGGAGAAAAGCCUUACGUAUGUGAUAUAUGCGGUCAGGCGUACCGACAACCAACUUGUCUAAAAAAUCACCGUAAAAUACACAAUAAAGCAAAUAGUAGUAAUACUAGCAAUAACGGCAAUAUAAACCAAGAACCUGAUGGAGCAGCCGCGGCUGCUGCUGCAGCAGCAAUUGCCAAUCGAAAUUUUAUAAACACCUUAAUGCAAGGCAAUGAAAAUGUAAUGGAUGGAGAUGCCUUAGGCCUUAAUUAAGAAUGAUAUGUAUACAUUAGGGUGUAUAUAUGUUCGACAUUCUUUGUGUAUAUAAUGUUUUUAAGAAGAUAAUUCAAUUUUUAGCAAUGUUUGUCUUAAGUUGUCCAUUGCUCCAUUAUAAAUUGGACAUCAAUUAAAUUCUAUUAGAAUUUAUUUAUUUUUAUUUAGUUGUCAAUCGUUUUGGUCAAGAACCGAAAAAUCUCAUCGGAAAAAUACAAAAAUUAUGCUUACUGUAAUUAUAGAUAAAAUUCGACGGUAUGAAUUUUUAACACUGCGUAUCGUAAUAAGUUUACGUUUUGUACAAUAUUUUA